CGACAUUUCAUCUGGGCACCCUGUACCUCCAUUGAUAUUGAUAAAGAAAUGUUUUGGUUUUUAUUUUUAUCAGCGAUACAGCGAUGUAGUGAUCUUCCCAAAUAGGUCUUUGGAUCUUCCUCGUGUAAAAUAUUCGUUAGAACAAAAUGAUUCUGAAAAUUGUUCGAUAAGUGCUUCAUUUAUUGAAGUUAAAAAUAUCUUUUAUAUUUACCAAUAACUCUACUGUUCGUUGAUAUUCUCCCCUGGCUUUCUAGCACGAAUGAAAACCCUUCUGUAUGAAUAAUUUUAAUGAUUUUCCAGUCAACUAGAAUCUCUAUCUUUGCCUAAUAUACCGAGUCAAGAAUAGAAAAUGGACGAUACCACCUCACGAGUUUACGAUCUUACUUUCCCAAGUCCUGUGACACUGAAAGAAAUUUCAGCUAUCGCACUCGUUGCCGAACUAUGGCGUGAAGAAAUCGCACACCGUACCGAAAUUAAAACUGUGAAAAGCCGGAAAAUACCUAUACUUGAUUUAGCAUGGAAUAUUCCGCUGGAAAAGAUGAUGCCCCUUGUUCCAUCGAAGCUUUACGAUUUACUCGACGAAUACCAUCACAAGUUCGAAUUAUCAAUUGUUCUUUGGCUACAGCACCAUUUCAUCAAUGUAGUAUUCGAUUCUGAUUACGAUGGUUAUAUCGGGUCUUUGAACAAUUUCCAUGAUUUUGUAUGGGAUCAGAAUGGUACCAUUCAUUAUGUUCGAACUGCCAAACGAAUGAUGCUCAGUGAUCGACUCCCUGCCUAUGAGAAAUUCAGAAUCGCGUAUAUGUACUGUUUAGAAGACGAUAUUAGACGAAUUUGGCCAUCUGUUCGCUGGCGCAUGACUGGAAUAAAUUUUCAAGAUACUCCACUACUGUACUAUUGGAUUUGUCGUAUUAUAAACGAACUACACAGUAUACCGAAUCCUCGUGAUGUACCAAUCGACGAGUUUAUGCUUUCUAAUUGCAGCGGUGGAGGCUUUUAUUCAGUCGAGUACUUUUGGAAUCGUACACCCUACGAAAGGCGAUCGCAAGCAACGAUCGCUAUGUCUAGCUUCGAUCCCGGUUUAUUCGCUAGAUUCAUUUUACCAAGAUUGAACGAUUUCGAGCUAAGAUCACUUCUCGCUGAAAGGGGUGCUGCUUUUAUGACUUCUUUGAUGGAAAAUGUUGGAAAAAACUACGCUAACGCUCUUCCUGCUUGGAUGUACAUUAGAAACCAAAUGAACGUUAGUCAGUUCAUUCAAUUAAUCCAGAUCCUGCUGAGUCACGAGACUAACUAUUUCAUCAUUGAGGAACGAUCGAAUUCCAAGGCUAAAGUUAAUUUAUGCUGCGAAAUAUGGAAAAGUUCUCCCGAGAAUUUGAAACUAUCGGCUUUAAAAAAUAAUAGAAUAUUUUCGAAUAAAGAUGUGUUCAGAAGAAUAAAAGCUGAGCCAUCUGAACCUAGAGAAAUGAGAUUCCUAAUCACAAUUCUGUUGGAUGCGAAUUUUGAACAGAGACACAAAUUCUGGUGCGAAAAUUGGCGUAAUUUGAUCUUCGGUGCUCCUGUGGAAGACCUACAAGUAGUAAUGAAGUUAUGUUUUCAGGACGAAAACGAUGUAAGCUCGUUUAAAGAGCAGCACAUGUCUAAAUACGAAAAUAUCCGCCUAUUUUGCGUCCAGUCGCUAGAACACGGAUGUUUCGAGGAAUUGAGCAAGUUUUUAUAUUUUUGUUAUUCUGACAAGCAAAACGUCAAAGUGUUGAAACAGCAACUGUUGAGGUCAAACUUUCUCGCUAAAAAAUCUAUUCUUAGCUUCAGUAUUUUAUUUGAUUACACUCGGGAGUUGAAUGCGUUCGUCGAAGAUGCUUUUGAGGACUUCGAUCUUCGUCUUGAAUUCAAAAAUCAAUUCCUUUCAUCCCCUGUGAAUGAAGACGUCUUAUUCGAAUGUGUUCGCGAUGGUUACUUCGAUUGUCUGAUACAAUUUGUUGGAACAUUUGUGCCGGAAGAACGAGCUGUUGGUGUGAAGCAACGUUUAUUGGAUUAUUUCAAGGAGCGAUUGGUCUCUGGUAGUAUCUGUCAAGUGGAGGAUGGUGAAUUACAAAAAUUUCUCGCCUGGUUGUUGGGUAGUGAAGAUGAGAUCGGUAAAUUCAAACAGUCCUUAUCAGUGAGUGAUGUUUUUUGUAAAAUGAUACAGGUAACGUUGAAACGUGGGAAACAUUCGAGUGAUGGUUCUAUGAAAUACCCUGAUAAGCUGGAUGAUUUUUUGAACUGGUAUUUCGAUAAUAAUGCCGAAGAGAUUCGAAAAAUUAAGGAACGGUACUCUGAUAAGUUGAAGGUGUUUGGUGAUUGAAAAUAGUACCCUUUUGUUUCUUGAAACUUUUUCGUGUUCAAAUUACCGACAAGAUUGAAAGUAAUUAUGUGUGAUCUUUCAUAAAAGAUUGAAGUACUUUUAAAAAAAUUUUAUUAUUAUUGAUAUUCAGUACGAAGCAUGUAUUAUUUAUUAUUGAAGUUGUAAUGACGAUUUUACUUAGUACCUAUUUUAUUUUAUUAUUCGUGAGGUACCUACAUCUAAUAAAAUACGUUGAGUUUUAUUGA